GAGGUGAACAGGGUUGGGAAAGACACCAAAGUGGGACGCCAUGGCGUGCAGCGGAAAGACUGGCAUGACUAUGAGACAAUCAGAAGAGACGCAGCGAGAUCUGGAAACGGUGAGCAGGGGAAGCCGUUCCCUCUGACCGAUGCUGACCGGGUGGACCAGGCCUACAGGGAGAACGGGUUCAACAUCUACGUCAGCGAUAGGAUCUCGCUGAAUCGCUCCGUCCCUGACAUACGCCAUCCCAACUGCAAACUGAAGCUGUACUCAGAGAAGCUGCCAAACACCAGCAUCAUCAUCCCGUUUCAUAAUGAGGGCUGGUCGUCGCUGCUGAGGACGGUUCACAGCGUGCUCAACCGCUCUCCUCCAGAGCUCAUCGCAGAAAUCAUCCUGGUCGACGACUUCAGCGACAAAGGUACCGAAAUAAACCAUUUCCACGCAGGUUCUCAUUAGUGCAGCCGGCAGGAU